AUGGUAGUAAUAAAAAUUGAAUAUAUAAAAAUAGGUAUUUUAAAGAAAAAAGAAAAUGAUCAUGAAGGGACAAUAGAAUUGAAUAAAUUGCGAGAACUUUGUGAUAAAGUACAAAAGGGAUUAAUAUCGAUCGAAGAAGAUUGCAAUAAAUUUUGGGUAGAAAUGAAAUUAGAUUUGUUAUUAGAAAAUAAAAAUCGAUCUGAGGCUUUGUUAGAUAAACUUCCGAUAAAAGUAAAAACGGCUUACGAAGAGUGCAAAAGUGCUUUAUUGAAAAACGAUGAAAAUAUUUUGUCAUUGAUACGUUGCCAUUGUAAAUGGAAAAAUGUAUCUAAAUCGAUUAUGAAUGGUGAAAAGAUUAGGCCGGAAAAAUUAGAUCUUUUACCCACGAAAUUCGACGAAACUGAUUUGAAAUUUAAGCAGGAUUUAAUGGACUUACGAACCAAAAUGUUUUCUUUAGUCAACGACGAAAUGGACACAACAGAAGUAGAAAAUGGAGUUUUAUCCACGAAUAAAAAUUACUAUCAAAUCAUGAAAAAAUACAAACGUUCCACAUCCAUGAAUAAAAUAGAUUUAUCACAUAUUCAUGCUUUGAAAUAUAUCGACGGAGAAUUAACGAAAAACGAAGGAUGGUCUAAUGUUCUCGAUGCUAACGGCAAACAACUUAGAUCGAAAUGGUAUUUGGUUGUAUCUCCACAAAUAGAAAAAAUAUUGAAAAAACGACGGAUAUAUUCGUUUCGUUUGGAUCCAUUAAAGGUCUUUAAUUUUUUACUAUCUAUACCCGAAAGUGGAAUACAUUUUAAAUUGUCGAAGGAAGAUUUACUUCUUUUAUUGCAAGACAUUUCGGAGGAAGGGCCUUGGAUAACGAGUUGGAAGCCUCAAUUAAAAACUUUGGAUAGAAAGGAAAUUGCCGCCAUUUUGAUACAGUCCUGUUGGCGUGGUUAUUGGCUUCGUAAACAAAUAAACGAAUCUUAUCGUCGUUAUAUAGCAGCUAGCGUAUUGUGGUACAAAUGGUUAUUCUUAAAAUCCAAACGAGAGAUAUAUACUAAUCAUUUGAAAAAAAUGCUCUUGUCGUUGAACAUAAGUCGAAUAUUUAAUGAAAAAUUGAGCAAAGAAUUCUACGACUUGAUUAAAUAUCCACACGUGAUCAUUCAUCUUCCAUCGCUUGGUUAUUCCAUUAACAUUCGUCAAACGUUCAUUCCAAAAAUGCUUGGUAUUUAUCAACACUCGAUGAUUUUCAGACUUUCAUUUUUACGCAAUCAAAUGUCUGAGAUUGUUUAUAUUUUGCCUGUCGAUGCUACGCAAGAUUUAUUAUCUAUGUAUGUUGAUAUUAUCGAUUCUAUCGUUUCACAAGAACGUACAGCGAAUCGUGUAACGUUUCUUACUCUUUCACAAGCUAAGACUCUCGAAUGUACACACAUGAAUGUAUCUAGGAUUUUACAUUGCUCAGAGAAAACUUUGACGGCUAUUAGAAAAAAGAUCAAUGGAAAACCAGGAUAUAUUUUACCUUGGAUCAUUGAUGAAUGUGACGUUAGAGUAUCGGAUUAUCUUUCUAUACCUUUGUUAGGGCCAGAUAUGAUCCUACAACAAGAAUUAUUAAAUCUAUCGAAAAUUAGUGAAAUAAUUGAAAAUCUUGAUUUACCACAGCCAGCUCAUUCCAAAGAUAUACGAGAGUAUUCGAAGUUAUGCGCCAAUCUAGCUAAAUUAAUCAUAUUAAAUACCGAAAUUUGUUUAUGGUUAAUUAGAUUGAAUUUCGGGGUACAGACCAAACACUAUGGCGUAUUUUUGAUCAAUCACAUUAGUAUACCAUUCAUGCCUACGAUCAGAGAAGUAAGAAAACAGUAUGGCGACGAAUGGAUAAAUAAUCCCGAUGUACGAGAGGAAUAUUUAAAUGCUUUGUUAAUUCAUUUACCAAAAAUUGUCUCCAUUGUAACGAGUUUUAACAAAGUCCAUUAUAAUUCAUGGAAAGAUUUUUAUAAUCACGUACAAAAGUUUGGGUGUUUGUUGCAAGCUGUACCUAAUGAAAAAAAUUCAAGUACCAUAUCCGUAUCACUUUUUAUUCCAAAUAAAAUCACUAGAAAACCUUUCAAAUGGAUCGGUACUUCGAAUAAAUUACAAUUAGACGUUAACUUUUCAAUGUUUGCUUAUAUGAUACCACAGACUUCAGUGAAUAUAGAGAUCUUAAAUCCAAGCGUAAAUAAACUUGCUUAUGCUCUGCAACAGCUCGGCUAUUUUGGAUAUUUAACUAUAGAUUGUUAUUGUUAUUUCGAUAAUAACGAAGAAAAAAUGGUUGUAUUAUUACUCGAUAUUUAUCCUUAUUAUUCUCAUUUACAAAUGUACGUUGAUUGGAUGAAAUUUGUUAUCGAUGGCUCUUACAAGUACAUCUAAUUUGAUUCAGGUCAGGUUUAUUAUAAUAUUUAUCAAUUAUUAAUCCCCAUUAUAUUGAAUAGUUCUAAAACAAAUACUUUCAAUGGUAAUGUCAUUGUACGAGAGCAUUCUGAAAAAAAAGUAAUUACUUCGUCGAUAUAUGGUAGGGAAUGGGACGAAACUACUGAGAGAACUGCAAUAGUAAUUUGUGAAUUAUAUCAUGUCAAUUUGCCUGCUUAUUCAUGGUCCAAAUUGAAGAUCCUUAUGGAAGAUGUUGGAAUCAUUUACGAUGCUGGAAAGAAAGAAGGUUCUCAUUUUAUUUUACACGAUAGCGAGAUAAAGAAUACUGGGACCAUGGUGAUUGUUACUCCCAACAUGAAAAUGACAUUAUCAAAGACAUAUAAUAUUUUGAGAAGUUUAUGUCACGCUUUGUCAACUAAAAAAAAAUCAGAAUCGAAUAUGUUGAGUGUAGCUAAUUUUUUUGAAAAAUUCUCUUUAAAUUAUUACGAUCAAUCUUAUGAUCCAUCAAAGCAACCGUACCGACUCCCAUUAAAUAUAUGAUUGGUGGAAUAUCUGGAAAUCAUUUUGGACGUCCUGAUUAUGCUGGUAUGAUUAGC